AGAUCACUGCUCACACCUUUGCUUGGGAUAGACUCGAGUUUUUCUUUCCACCUAUAUUCAGCUUAGUGGUUUCCGUGAAAGGAGGCUUGAUUUAGCAAUAUGAUCUUUCUCUUUUCAUGCAUGACUGUCAUCCUCGCGCACCCUCCUCCACCUUUCUCUCUACGCCACGCCAUGCACCCCAAGCCUUCUCGUUUUAGCAUGGCCAUGCAUGGCCACUUCUUGCCCAUACCCCAACCACCUUCUUCUAUUCUCCAGCAUUUAGAGACGACUAUGGCGGCGAUCGAGGCUCUGAACGACAAGAGCGGCUCCAGCAAGUCCUUUAUCUCCAAGCACAUCGAGUCGGCGCAUGGAGAUCUGUCGGCGGCUCACUCCACCCUGCUGGUGCACCACCUCAACAGGAGGAAGCAGAACGGCGACCCCGUUAUGGUCAGGAACCACUGCAUGAAGCCUGACCCUAACGCGCCGCCGCGGAAGGGUCGCGGCCGUCCCCCCGAGCCCGAGUUUCCUCUUCCUCUAGGAACCGUUCUCGCGCCGCCGAGGCCUAGGUGCCAUCCGUUGAAGCCCAGGGACCCAUUUGCUCUGGUCUCUCCGCCGAAGAAGGCUUCCUCCGGAAGUGGAAAGCCACGCGGACGCCCUCCAGAGAAGCCCAAGGUGGGAACUUCGUCGGCUCCAGCGCCAGCGACCGGAGCAUCGAGACCUAGGGGAUGGCCGCCAAAGGCGAAGCCGGUGGUGGUUCCCGCACUAAGCCCAGCCGUGGUGGUAAUGGGUCUUGGGUUCACUCUUGGUGAUGGGUUUGGGCUUGAGUUGGAGCCCAACCCAGGCAUAUUGAUGGAAGGCCCCAUGCCCCCUGUGCUAGCCUCCCUCAUGGCCCAAGUCCAUGUUAAGCUAGCCCACUUGGUAGAGUGUGAGGAGUUUGAGCCCAGGGUUGAUCUGGCAUGGCGAGAGUUGGCUUAUGAUCUUUGGAUGGCUUACGAUGUGUGGAUUGGUCGAUUGCUUGAUGAGACUGUCACUUAUUUUUCCGUGAGUACAGAGGUUGAUAUUGUAUGA